CCGGGAGGCAGAGUCGAGCGCCAGGAGCUGCGGUUUCCGGCUGAGGCGCGGGACCGGAAGGGAAACUAUGAGUUGGAUUCCGUUCAAGAUCGGGCAGCCUAAGAAACAGAUUGUACCCAAGACAGUUGAGAGAGAUUUUGAACGGGAAUAUGGAAAGCUUCAACAAUCUAGCCAUGUCGAAGUCUGCUGUAAAAAUCUCAUCUGAUCUCUUGGCCAAUCCUCUCUGUGAACAAGACCCUAAAUUUCUCGAAAUGGUGAUGGCGCUGGACACGGCAAUGAAAAGAAUGGAUUCUUUUAAUCAAGAGAAGGUGAAUCAAAUCCAAAGAACCGUCAUAGAGCCCCUGAAAAAGUAAGUUGUGAUGUUUCCCUAUAAGCAACAAUCUUUUGCAAUCUUUUACAAAUGAAUGUGAUUUAACAUGGGAACAAGAAACCUUUCUUUCCCUCAAGGCUUAUUGGGUGAAACCUACAGCUUGUGAAAUUCUGCAGAUCCCAACUUGUGUUUAGAAAAACAACAAACCCGGAAUUUCUAGCCUUCCUUUUAGAGAGAAUGUGCAAGCAAAAUAGUAUUAAAAAAUUAGUAGUGAGUGUAUACAUAUAUAAAAAAAUAUCAUCAGCAAACUAUUACAACUCUUUUGCUCAUUUGCUGAUAGAGUCAAACCUCUUCCAUUAUUUAUUUAUUUAGCAUGUGGCAUAUAAUGUCAAGCUUGUUGAUCAGAAAGGUCAGCGGUUCGAAUCCCUAGCGCCGCAUAACAGAGUGAGCGCCCUUUACUCUGGUAGAAAUAGCAGCAGCCGCCUUCCUGAAACUGAAAAAAAGUAAAAAUAUUCUGUUUAAAAGUGUAUUUUAGCCAGGCAUAUAUUCAUAUACGUAGGGUUUUUUUUAAAUAUUAUUGCAAGUCUGUGAGCUUCUUUUCCAUAUUUCUUUUAAAACUCAUUAGCAUUUACUUGAGCUAUAAGCCAAGCAUCUGAGGAUCUUUUUAGAGAACUUCUAUUACUACAAUCAAACGAUUGCCGAAAUCUUUAGAUUCACUUUUUUUGUAUUAAAAGGAAGUUGUGUGAGCAGAACAAAAUGACUUUAAUAAGACAGCGAGUGAGGCAAAUUGCUCAGUUAACACCUUUUGUUUCACUUGACAUUUUUUCCUGCUUCUAAAUUAAAGCAACAUAAAACUAAGGCAGUUGCAUUUAUCGCCUGUUAGGAAUGGAGCGGGAUUUGGGAGCAAGGUAGUUGAAGGUGGUCUGGAAUUUUGUAGCAUUUGUUUUUCCAUCUUCUUCCUCCUCCAAACGCUUGGUUGAAAUUGUAGACAGAUGUAGAAGCCUGC